AUGAAUCCCUUUGAACAAACUACGGGUGCUUCUGUUGAUAAGCGUGUCUUAACAUAUUUUACACAGAUACAGAAAAGAAGCCCUGCUGCUAGAAAUAGCGGGUUAGAACGGAUUUUGAAUGAAUUGGAAGAUUUAGACAUCUUUUCAGUUGAACAGUGCUUGUUUGAUGUGUUACCGUUACUUUGUCGUGAUAGCUCAGAGACAACACAAGCACUUAUCUCAGGCAUUUUACUAGGACUACUUCAAAAGAAUGCCUUUGAUAAGUUAGAGGAGAGAGUUCAUCUAUGGCUCACUCUCUUUUUGAACAGACCAGAUAAGCCAGGGCAGCGAGUGAUUGCUCGACUAGCUAAGUCCGGGCGCCUAGCUACUCUUUUAGCCGCACAGAAACAGAAGUGCACGAUUAAAGAGCACAUCGGCAUAGUGCUGCUUGAGAUAAAAUACUUGGGAGUGGCCGAGAUAGACCAAGCCUUACUAGAACGAAUUUGCAAGAGCGGUAAGCCCGAAGACGUAGAGCAGCUAGGAAGGUUGUUCAGCAAAUUAGACCAAAUUCAUCCUGAUAUCCAACUGGACACACCAGCACUUCACCAACUAGUACAGACCUUAGCUAAGUUCACAAACAAAGAGAUUGUGCAGUUAAAGUGGCUUCUCUGGGCACGAACCAAAGGCAAGUAUGCUUUGAGUAGUCUGGAGCAAGAGAUCGGGCAAAUUCCAGAAGAGAUAGUCUUACAAUUAGUACAAUCUGAAGUAUUUCAAGAGCUAGUGCAAGUCAACGGUCUUUCUGAGUUUCUCAAUCAAGCCAAACGAAUCUACCCAUCUUUGCUCCCACACCUAGUAAAUUUAUCGGCCAACCGCCAUCUUGUGCUCAAGCGAAUUAUUCGCACUAAUCCAAUUGCGGCACUAGAAGCACUUGAAAUUGAAGAAGAAGACUUUCCCUACCUGAACCAACUUGAUGAGACCAAAAAGAUCAACAAAAUUCUCCAAUCCCAACCCAAAGACACGCCCUUCCUUUCAUCUCCACUUAUCUACACCCAUCUUACACCAGAAGAGAAGAUUUGUCGCGCAGAUACGCUUGGGCACACAAUUGACCAAGUAGACCCCACUAUUCCCGAAACCUUCACCAUCCAGCAGCUCCGCAAUAAGGGUAUUCUAGCCGAAAGCAUUCGAGUCUUUCCCAACGCGUAUUUUAAGAAUGCCGACUUAACACCUGAAGAAGAGGUUUAUACAGCUGCUAUUCAUCCAAGUCUUUGUAGCACUCAAACCAUCGAUCUGCUCUUUAAACACAAUCUCUUUCCCGAAGAGAUUCUAGUCGCUCUGCCUCCAUCCCUCCAUCCUUAUCUUGUACAACGACUGGCCAAUGCCCCCAAAGAUAUCAGCAAAGGUAUUUACGAAGUCGUCCAAGCCAAUAUCUCUCCAGCCCUGGAAUUCAUUAUUCUCUCUACUCUUUAUCAAGAACCCGAGUACCGCCACAAGACUUUCACCUCAACCUACUCCAUUCCAGCCGCUGGAAUUGCCCCAGAAUAUGCCCUUUAUCUUCUAGAGCGACAAGCCCUGGAGCCCACUUCACUCUACAAGUACUUGGUUGCCGAGGCCAAUAAGUGUGCGGCUGGCACCUUAGACCUCCUUUCCGACCCCUUUAUUUUAGAAGAUUCGAUCUCUCCCAAUACUCCAGAUCAAAAACAUUCCUCCUAUCUCUUCCCAGGCCUUUAUGAUCGCUGGGACAAGGUCCUAGCCAAAAUAUCCACCAGCCAUCCAGAUGCCCAGCUAAUUAGACAAGUUUUAUCUAUUCAGGAAACACUCCCCGAUCUUUCACCUACUUACACACCUCCUAAAUGGGCCACUGAAGGCUCUUGUCUAUUCAGCCGGGUUGUGCGAUCUCUUCUCUUCUGGCAAGCCAUUACAGCCGGUCGCGAACCAGCUCUCCUCACUAAUAUUACAGCUAAAUUCCCACAACUACCAACUACGCCAAUUUAUUCUCUCUACUUAAACCUACUACUUAGUCGGCCUAUGGCCACAGACGAUCUAGCCGAUAUCCCAAAAACCAUAGAGUCUCUGAAGGUUACCAACUGCCAAGAAAGAGACAUUCUUCUUUUUGCCACCGUACGUGUUUACAGCCACACCCACAAGACUUCAACCAGCUCACUAGAUCUGUCUUCACUCUGGACCUACAUCACAACUCUGCUCCCUGAAGUCUCACCACGAGUCCGGUCGUAUCUCUUGCAGCACCUACCACCAACCACCGCUCUUUUUGCUUUGCCUUUUGAGCAUCUCAGCACCCAGACUCUUAGACAUCUCCAGGCCUACUUAGCUGCUAACCCCGAACCAGCAUCUCUAGCCCUAAAAUCCGACUCUUUCUGGACCAAAGCUUCUACUUCCAUUAGACUUCAAGCGUACAAUCCAGUCCUACAAGCCAUUGCCCAUCACUACGCAAAUAUUGCCUUCAAUUUAUACAGUAUUUCCCAGGUAGAGCAAGGCGCAGUUGACUCCGAAGUUUUCUAUCUUAUGUUCGAUAUUCCAGCCAUUACUAACAUCCGCCAGAUGAGUCCUUUUGAAUGGCGCGUGUUCUUAAUGAUUUGCAAUGAAAUACGUAGUAUCGCUAUUUGUACUCUACUCUCAGCCAUGGUUCGUUCUGAAUGCCAGUGGCUAGCCUUCUUAAUUGCUAGUGAAACCAGCGACUUAGACAUGCUUGCUCUUUUUGCCCGAUCUUUCCCGCUUCUCACACGAAUCUUCUUCCAGAGCAGCAGGCGGAAGCAGCUCCUUCAGCGACAUUUCAUUAACCAAGUAUCGCGUACUAUCAUCAAAGAAGAGGUUUCAAGACCUCUAGCCGGUGUUAAUCUCAAAGUCAAAACCAUCGCGCAAUCGCAUAUUAUUAUAGCAACGUACCAUAUUGAAGAAUCCGUUCUUGAAGUCAACGCCCGCUUUCCCCAGGACUAUCCACUUACUACCCCCGAGAUCAAAAUCAUCUCCUGUAUUGGAGUAAAGAAGCAGAAACUCCAGCGCCUUGUUCUUCGCAUCCAAAUGCUCCUCUCUGAAUUCUGCCGAAUUGGCGAAGCAAUGGCCCUCUGGAAAGUUGCACUCGAUCAAAGUGUUAAUGACGAAGAAGAGUGUGGUAUCUGCUUCUUCCUUCUAGAUGAGUUCUCUAAGACGUUCCCCGAUACCAUUUGCCCGUUCUGUAGCAACAAAUAUCACCAGAGCUGUUUGCGUCGCUGGCUUCAGAAAAGCAAGAAUCUUUGUCCCACGUGCCGGGCAGAGAUCAGAUCAUAA